UACUUGAGCUUUUAGUUCAACUCAUUUCGAAAGAAUCGGGUUAAAUCGCUCGGUACAGUACACAUCAUAAAGCCAUAGCGCCAUUAGAGAAAGAUCGUGUCAACCGUAGCUAGUGAUCCUCGUACGAAAAAUCAAGUAUAUCAUACAAGUUGCUGUAUUAGUGUGUGAUUGUGCAGAACGAUGGUCAAAACACGAAGUAAAGAAUACAACGAUUUUAAAGAAUGGAAGCGUAUACACACAACAAUCAAUAGCGAAGAAGAUCAACUAAAGGCAUGUUUCAGUCAACUUUAUAACUUAAUAAGGAAUUGCAAAAAAGAUGCAUAUCCCAACUUUCUAGCUGCUUUUAGCAACAGAGAAAUCGAGACUCUUCUUAUAGAUUGCAUGAUUCACGAUAGUAGAUACAAUAGAGGCAGUACAUACAAAUUUAAAGCAGAAAAAGUCAUUGAGUUCGUAGCUAACAGUGGCUACAAGGAUGAACCCGACGUCGAUAAAGACGGCAACCCAUUGUUGAAUCGUACCACGGCACUGCUUUUUGCGUUCUUACAUUAUCGUUUAAAAUUCUGGAAAAGUCGUCUAUUCGAUAUAUACAACAACUUUGACGUUAAUUAUAUCCACGCGAAGACAGGUGUAACACACUUUCACGUGGCCUGCAGUUAUGGUUUGGAAAACAUCGUUGAAAAGUUUAUCGAGCGCGGGCAGGGCCCAAAUUGUCACGUGCAAGGAUUAGUCUUUACGCCGCUACUCCUGGCUCUAAAGUGGGGUUGCGAGAAGGUGAUCGAAAAAAUGCUAAAUUACGACCCGAAAUUGGUCAAUGCCCAGGACGAGGAAGGUAACCCACUGCUGUACUUGGCACUGGGCCCCACGAGGUUCAACAGGGCGGUGAUCGAAUUGCUACUGGAAAGAGGCGCUGACCCGAAUUUGGCCAAUGCGAAGGGAUGGACACCUCUGCACUUAAUUUGCGCAGAUUGUUGGGACGACGAUGCGUACGUGAAACAAUUCUUCGAGAUCGUCGACAGUCACAAUCAAACGGUGGAGGUUGACGCGAAGGACAAAUUGGGCCGGACACCGCUGCAAUGGGCCGUGGCGAGACUUGCGCCGAAAAUUAUCGAUGUUCUCUUGGACCGAGGCGCUGAUCUAUCUAGCUUUGUUUUUCCCACCGAGGUUUACUUCGCCAAGCACGUUGACAUCGAGUAUGGUAAUCUGGGAAAUCCUAACGUCGCUGGGAGACAAUGGCCCAUUAAAAAAUGUGAGAUUGUCCCCUUAAUACUGGGGGCUCGCACUAUGGACACUGUCGAGCGCCUUGAAAAAAGGGGCUACGAAUUGGACCAAGGUGUCGUCCUAAUGAUCAUGACAUUAUUUUCUAAGCGGAAAAUGUUCGAGGAACCGACGAAUGAUAAAAAAUCUUGGUAUUACAAAAAAAAUUUUGUGAGCCAAGCGAAAAACAUAGCGAUGAAACCGGGUCUGUCGCUUUAUGAUCUGAUUCCGUUACAACCCAAAGAGGCGGCGAAACUACUCGCAUAUGAGGACUACUUGAGCUUGGACUCGAAAAAGCGAGAAAUAAUUGAUCUCCCCAAAGGAUCCAGAAAAGAGUGUUCUGUGCAUCUGUGUGAGAAACUGUCGAGAGGAUUUUUCCGUCGAUGGGCCCUGGAAUAUUACUUGGAGAUGAUACGAUAUCGACUGCCGAUUGAGUGCUGUGAAAUGAUCAUCGAUGAAUCAUUCACGAACAAAAAUUUAUAUCAUAUUUGCUUGGCGGCUAAAACAAGAGCCUUGAAGAUUAGAAAAUAUAAUUCCAGAUAGUUUUCCAGUAACAAAAAAACAUAAAAGUUUAUAAAAAAACUACAGCAAGCUUCGGGUAUCCGUAUACUUACGGAUGAAUAAUCAUAAAAAUGAAAACUUAAUCUUCGAUACAUAUUUUAGAAUAGAAACUAUAAUAGUAAUGAAGCUCGAACAAAUGUCGGAAGUCUCAUUAUUUAACAAUGAGUGUUACAAUUGAAAUAAAAAUAGCUUAAC